AACAUCAGUCUCGUCUCCGCGCUCGCUGCUCACCGAGUGCGGAUGAGCUUCCGCUACGUUUUACGGUAGCAAAAAGUGCUGCUACUUUUUUUUAAACAGGCACUAUCAGCAGCCGAAACCCUCCCCCCUCUCUCUGUACACACUCCUCUAGAAAACAGGUUUUACUCUUUUUCUUUCUUUUAUUCCCGCCACCAUUUAUUUUGUUUCGUCUCUUAUUUCUUCGAAAACUGUUCUUCAGAAUUCCCCCCCGACCCUUUCCGUGAAAGCCACGAAUUCACUCGAUCAAAUCGAGUGAAAUCGACUGUGAACUAGUGCGACAUCGUGUACUACACACGGCUCUAUACAUGACGUGAAAUCUCUCGUAUGCACUUUUGACAUCACCUAGGAAGAAAAAGAAGAAGAAUCGCAACAAGAAAAAACAAACGACUUGCCAUUUUUACUUGAUUCAUUCUUAGUCUUAUUUAGUGCUUCCCUCACUUCCCCCAAGGCCUUUUUUUAACUCUUAUGACGGUCGUAAUGGAGUACUAGCAACAGUGGCAUCGGGCAAAAGAAUAGAAGAAAAUAAAAACAACUAAACUAUUCAACAUUAUUUUUUGCUUCUUCUGACUUCGUGUGUGUGUGUGUGUUGUGUGUGUGUGUGGGAAGAAUAAGAAAAAAAAAAGUUGAUUUCCGCUCGUGACGUUGUCGCCGUCGCGUCUGGAUACACGCAAGAGAAGAGAACGCCAGACGAAAGAAAAACGCAGCAGGAAGGAAUAACCCGAAAGAGAAUUUUUUUAACCCACCUUUCACCUCUGCACUUUUUCUCUCUCUCCUUUUCGCCUUGACUUUUAUUUUUUUGGAGGGGGGCUGGUGGUACCGUGUGAGAAGAAACGAAACAAACCGGGGACAUCACGUCCACAUUUUCACAAGUGUCGAGAGACAUAGGGCGCGCCAGAGAAUCGGAAUAAUUUAAAGACCAUCAGUGGCAAAGCGGAAAAAAAAAAACUGAAAUACCAACAAGAAAAAGGAAACACAGACGCACAAGGAAAAACAAAGGGGGGAGAGAUUCAACAGACUCAAAGUCACUCAGUCGAGAGCAAUGCUGCAAUUGUCAAGUGUCUUCAUCGAUUCGCUGUGAGCCCAGUGUUCAAGUGUUCUGUGUUUAGUAUCAUCGGUUCAAUAUCUACGAUUCUUUCCUUUUUAACCAAGCUUCCCCCCUCCACCUACCCCACCCCCAAAAAGCCUCAUUUAAGCCAGGCUCUUAUUCCUCUUUUUCUUUUUCUUAUUUACAAGAAAAAAAAAGGAGAGCCUGAUGGACUGCGGUUGAUAACAGCGUACCCUCCCCUGUGGUAGUCUGUUUGAAAAAACAUAAAAGCUUUCGAGACUAGUCGCGAGCCUCCGUCUGAUACACAGACAUUAAAAAGGGAAGAAGGUUGCAGAGAAGUUAAAACAAAAAUAAAAAUAUAAUGGCCAGCAGCACGUGGGAUGUUACGAUAGGCUUCAAGAGGUGGAGUGCCAUCUGGGUGAUCUGGACAACGCUCGUAACGGCCGGCCUGGUGGCCAUGUCGGCGGCCGGAGGUGCUGGAGCUUGUCCGGGCGUCAAGUGGAAAGGCGGCAAGCAGACAGUGGAAUGCCGCCAGCGCGGCCUCAUCACAUUACCUUCAAACAUCGAUCCGCAGACUCAAGUGCUCGACUUGUCCGGCAGCAAUCUGCAAACGUUGCCGCGUGAAGCUUUCUCGCGGGCCAACCUCCUCAACUUGCAAAAAAUCUACUUGGCCUCGUGUCGCAUCGGCCAGGUAGAUCCGACGGCGCUGCGCGGCCUCACCAACCUAAUCGAGCUGGACAUAAGCGACAAUUUGCUGACAGACGUGCCCAGCCAAGCUUUGUCCGACGCAGUUUCCCUGCGAGAGCUCAGGCUCAGUUCCAAUCCCAUUCAAAAGAUUGAACAGGGAGCUUUCGAUCAAGCUCCUGGAUUGGUCAAACUGGACCUUUCCGACUGUCAGAUCGAGACCCUAGCGGCCGGCGCUUUUGACGGACUUGAUCAACUGUCCCACCUACGCCUCGGGGGCAAUAGGCUAGAAGAACUCAGACCAGACGUUGUCUCCUCAUUACCGCGCCGCCUACACGGAUUGGAAUUGCAAAACAAUCCGUGGAUUUGCGAUUGCAGAUUGCGCUAUUUACGAGAAUGGCUCCAGCAGCACAACGUGCCCAGUCCAGCGACGGCGGCCUGCGCAUUACCCGAAAGGCUUUCCGGUCGAGCGCUCAUCGAGCUGCUCGUAGACGAUUUCGCUUGUCCGCCUCAAGUGAUCCCGUUCCCAGCUGCACCGCUAUUAGCCGGAGGUGGACAUCCGCACCUGCACGUAGAGGCAUCGGCCGGCGAGAACGCCACUUUGACGUGCCGGAUGAGCGGCGUCCCUUCGCCGGAAAUCACCUGGUUGUGGCGCGGCAAGCCCAUGGUUAAUGGAAGCAUUCCGGGUGAACAGGAAGCCCUACCUGUCGGCGGCGCUGCCGAAGGCACAGGAUAUCCGGGCGACGAAUCAGAGAGCCGGACGGUCACCAUCCUAGAGGAGGGCAAGUACGAAAAGACCAGCUACCUCAUCCUGAGUCCAGCACGCGAAACGGACAGCGGAGAAUUCGUUUGCGUGGCAGCCAAUCCGGCCGGAUUGGCCAGAGUUAAUCUCACGUUGAGAGUCGACAUUCAAGCGCCAGUUGUCGGUGGCCUGGGCGGCGCCCAAAUCGCCGGAUUAGGUGCUGGACUCUUCAUCCUGUUGGCGGCCGUAGUUGCCAUUCUUCUCUUGAUGCUCAUCCGCACGAGAAGUUCGGCCAACUCGAGCGGCUCAUCGGCAAACAAACUGGACGACAUCGGCAAACAGAGCGGACAACGUCCAGCAAUGUCGCUGGGCCAAGCGCAUCAGGGAAUUCAAGGUUCUUCCUCGUCGGGGCCGUGUGCGGCUAAAUCGCCCACUUUGUCGGCACUCGAGUACGGCCAAAUAGCAUUCGUCAAUCCGCAUUCUCCUAAUCGAGUCGUCGUCGUCACCACACCGGCCGCAACCGCAUCCGGUCUGAGUGAUCGUCCCGAUUUGAUACACGACGCUCGCAACAGCAGCGAUCAUUACGGCUACGAUCUAGGCCCACCGUUGGAUUACUCGACCUUGAAUCGACGCUAUCACACGCACGGCCAAUCAGCCGAUCGUGACAUUUUAGCCGCCACAUCGGCCGGUGACUAUCAAAGCGCUCAAACAGACUCGUUUUAUCCGUCGGCCUUGUGGGAUCACAUUUUGAAUCCAACGUCAGAAGAAGAAACGUCCGACGGAGCAAAUAAUAACAUCACCAUCGAUCAGGCCAGCAGCAGCCGCAGUAGUAGCGGCCACAUGGGCUCGCCCAUCCAUCUGCCCCACGUGCCACUCACCGUGAUGGAUAGGAACGGCAUGCCGCAAAUUUACGUCCCCUACACCAGCGGCCAAGUCAUCCAGAAUCCACGAGAUGUUCUGGCCGCAUCGUAUGCAGAUCGCGAUAGCGAAGCGGGCGAAUCAGCCGUUAGUGUCGACAGCUACAGCCUGCCUCGCCGGAUACCCCAACAACACUCCAAGGAAUCCAUCGGCGGGCAAAAUUUCGUACCUUAUCCGCCGGAUUACGGUCUGCCGCGGACCCAGAGCCCACCCAAGUUAGCCAAGCCUCCUACACAACACCUGGCGGCGGCUGGUGCAGCAACGAUAGAACGACAACCACCUGCUCCCACGGCGGAAGACCCUUCGAUCCAACAACAACAACAGCAGCAGCACAAUUCAUCCAGCAGCUGUUAUGGUUCCAAGGCCAAUAGCAGCGCAGAGUCGAGUCCAGUGGCUACGAGUUCCAAUACAAAAGGUGCACGCUUUUGGCAACAAAGGCCUGGCAUCAACAAUGGAAAGAGAUCUCACCACCAUUUCGCUAGAGAUUCACCUGACGAAGGCUACCAAGAGGAAUGCGCCACUGACGUUUGAAUUCAAAUAUUCAAUCGGACUGAGAUCAAUAGAAAAUAGGUUGCGUAAAAAGCACGUCCCGCCCGCACCCCUGGAGCAUGCAGAAGAUCACGAUAUCGUAUCGAUUGUGGAGAGAAAAGUUUGAAUUCAAAUAAGUUUUGAUCGGAUCGAAUAGGCCCGUCGAUAACUUUUGAACAUCUCGGCUUUUCGAAUUCGACAACGCAACGUUUUAUUAUUUAAAACGGUAUGUUGCGCAUUAUGGGGGACAAGCCCGAAGGGCGGUAACCCGCGGGUUUAUGUCCCUGUCGCACAAAAACUUUUGACUAAACUACAUAGAUGCAAUGUCAAUAAUCGACCGCCAAUAUCGUGAGUUGUGGUGCGCGUAUUUGUCUUCAUCGAUAAAUGAAUCAAGAAGAAGCAACAACAAAAGAGAGCCAGACUGACUUGGUCCGUUCAAUACACACAAGAAGCAAACAGAACUAAAAGGAAAAAAAAAAAAAAAACAAGUUUAGAGCUGCUCCAGAUGCCUGGCACAACACCUGAUUCAUAUUCAGGUAGCGACACGUCCACAUGUUGUACAGAAUAGCUGAACGGGAACCCUAUCGAGAAAUGUUAUGCUAACUCGGUGAUGAUGUCCAAAAAGAAAAAAACUCGGAGAAACAAAGAUGUUCUUACAGACGAUAUGCGCAACAUUAUAUAUAAAUAAAUAUAUAUAGAUACAUAUUAUCUAACGUGUCAUUCUUAAGUGUAAUUUUUUUUUUCUUUUUUGCGUGUGUGUUUUGAAAUUUGUAUCGAGACGUUUCUUUGCUUUCGCCGAUUGAUUGUGAUCGCAUGGAAACCGAAAGUGUUGUACCAUUUUCGUUGUGUUAAUUCCCCCCCUCCCCAAUGUCACACGGUAAACUGCACGACGAGCGUCCCGACUGAUCGUGCAGUCACGUGAAAUACAGCUCAGACCAAAAAAAAAAAAAGAAGAAUUUCAAAUAACGUUUCAAGUGUCAAUUUUGUGUAACUCUCGUGUUUAGGGUGAUUUUCAGGCAAAAUAAUUUCAGUAUUCCUUUCACUUUGUAAAGACAAUGUAAAUAUAUUUAACUUUAACUCGUACGCAUAAAAUUAAUUGCAAGAAAAGUAAUAAAAUGAGAAAAAAAAAUAUGUCAUUUUCCCCCGUCUGAUUAAUAAAACCAUUUUCCUUUCUUAUGUUUCAUCCCCGCGCCCCUUAAACAUAAUUCACAUGACAUCUCUAUAUUUGUAUUCAUGAGAGCUGCGAUAUCAAUAUAUCCGUCUACUUAA